AUGACUCCAUUAUUUGAAUUUGUUUUAUAUCUAGUAGUAUUAAAUUUUCUUUGUUUCUUAUUUCAGGUGAAUGGUACAUGGGCAUUACCUAGCGUUGUAUGUGAUUUCUACAUUGCAAUGGAUGUUACUUGUUCGACAUCUUCCAUAUUUAAUCUUGUAGCCAUAUCAAUAGAUAGAUACAUUGCUGUUACUCAACCAAUGAAAUAUGCAAGACAUAAAAACAAUAGACGUGUAUGGUUAACAAUAGCAUUAGUAUGGGUAAUAAGUAUGGCAAUUGGUUCACCGAUUGUAUUAGGUUUAAAUAAUACACCAGAUCGUGUUGCAGAUGCAUGUCUAUUUUAUAAUAGUGAUUUUAUUAUAUACUCAAGUUUAUCUUCAUUUUAUAUACCAUGUAUAAUUAUGAUUUUUUUAUAUUUCAAUAUUUUUAAGGAAUUACGAAAUCGUGCAAAAAAAUCAAAAGCAGUACGUCGACCACAAACAUAUGAAAUAAAACCAGGUACUGUUAUUGAGAAUGUAGCAAGUACACGUCGUUUGGCUGAAACACAAUUAGGUGGUGAUAAUAAUCAACUUGGUGUCAAUAUCACACCCAUUCCAAUUGAUGAACAAGCAACAAAUACUGGAUCAGGGUCAGCGGAUGAGGAUGACGAUAUCGUUGUAUUACAAGACAAUAAUGUCAUCUUACCCGAAGAUGUUGAUGAUUGUCAUAUUAUAUCCAAUGACAAAUCUACCGAAUUUAUUUUAGCUACAGUUGUGGAAGAAGCUGCGAGUAUUUCCAGUGUGGUGGCAACACUGGCAUCACCAGCACCAUUACCGGAUCCUAAUGGUAACAACGAUAGUGGGUAUGCCCCUAGCCAACCUGAAAUACAAUGUGAUAUUCAUAGUCCAUCGAAACGGAUCAUACGUUCACAAAGUAAACGGUCAAAUGGGGCCACAACGACUGACACAAGUGAUACAGAACUUAAACCCAUACGUACUAUAUCCGACCAAACCACUGAACGUGAUCGAACAUCAAAUGGUUCCAAAAAGGAAAGAAAAGCAACAACAGCAGCCAGAUUUACUAUUUAUAAAGUAAACAAAGCAUCCAAGAAAAAACGAGAAAAGUCAUCAGCAAAAAAAGAACGAAAAGCGACAAAAACAUUAGCGAUAGUUUUGGGUGUAUUUUUAAUAUGUUGGGUGCCAUUUUUUACAUGUAAUAUUAUGGAUGCAAUGUGCAGUAAAUUGGGAAUGGAUUGUCAACCAGGUUUUGCAGCAUUUUUAUUAACGACAUGGCUAGGUUAUAUGAACUCGUUUGUAAAUCCUGUCAUUUAUACAAUAUUCAAUCCUGAAUUUCGUAAAGCAUUUAAAAAAUUAAUGCAU